AUGCCAGGAGAAGUCAUCGAGCGACCAAACCCGGCGCCAAAGCCGUCGCAUGUCCCCGAUUUAGUAGAAAAACUCAUAAUUCCCGCGCAGAAGACGAAGCUGGAGAAAAGCGAUUGUGAUGCGUUGCACAAGUAUCGUCGCGCGGCGGCGUAUAUUGCUGCUGGACACUGGGGAACAUGUCCUGGGUUGAUCCUCGUUUACUCUCACCUGAACUACCUGAUCAAGAAGCAGAACCUCGAUAUGCUGUAUGUUGUUGGGCCAGGGCAUGGAGCACCGGGCUUGCUAGCAUCGUUGUGGCUUGAGGGCUCGCUGGGGAAGUUUUAUCCGCAGUAUACCAAGGACAAGGAGGGUCUGCACAACCUCAUCUCGACGUUCAGUACCAGUGCCGGACUGCCUAGCCACAUCAAUGCUGAAACACCCGGCGCUAUCCACGAAGGAGGAGAGCUGGGCUAUGCGCUGUCUGUCUCCUUCGGCGCAGUCAUGGAUAACCCCGAUUUGAUUGUAACAUGUGUAGUUGGAGACGGAGAGGCGGAAACUGGUCCAACAGCCACAUCAUGGCAUGCGAUCAAGUACAUCGAUCCAGCUGAGUCAGGAGCCGUGCUUCCAAUCCUGCAUGUGAAUGGCUUCAAGAUCAGUGAGCGCACUAUUUUUGGGUGCAUGGAUAACAGGGAGAUAGUCUGCCUGUUCACAGGGUACGGGUAUCAGGUGCGCAUUGUCGAGGACCUCGAGGACAUCGACAACGACCUUCACAGCGCUAUGUCCUGGGCGGUUGAGGAAAUCCGUAAUAUUCAGAAAGCAGCGCGCUCCGGAAAGCCUAUCAUGAAGCCUCAAUGGCCCAUGAUUGUCUUGCGAACGCCCAAGGGUUGGUCAGGGCCGAAAGAGCUGCAUGGCCAGUUCAUCGAAGGAUCGUUCCACUCCCACCAGGUUCCCCUCCCUAAUGCUAAGAAAGACGAUGAGGAGCUCCAGGCUCUGCAGAAAUGGCUUUCCUCUUACAAACCCGAUGAGCUGUUUACCGAGUCUGGCGACGUUAUCGACGAAAUCCUAUCCAUUAUUCCUUCGGAUGAUAAGAAACUCGGCAUGAGACCCGAGGCCUACAAGACUCAUCUACCGCCGGACCUCCCUGACUGGAGACAGUUCUGCGUGAAAAAAGGGGAUCAGUUCAGCGCAAUGAAGGCCAUUGGUAGCUUCAUCGACCAGGUUUUCGUCAAGAACCCGCAUACCGUCCGGUUAUUCUCACCCGACGAGCUGGAAAGCAACAAGUUGAGCGCUGCCCUAUCACAUACGGGAAGGAAUUUCCAGUGGGAUGAGUUCUCGAAUGCAAAAGGUGGGCGGGUGAUCGAGGUCCUGAGUGAGCAUUUGUGUCAGGGCUUCAUGCAGGGGUAUACAUUGACCGGCCGGACGGGCAUCUUCCCAUCAUAUGAGAGUUUCUUGGGUAUUAUACAUACCAUGAUGGUCCAGUAUGCCAAGUUCGCAAAGAUGGCUAAAGAAACGGCAUGGCACCAUGACGUGAGUAGUAUCAACUACAUCGAGACCAGCACCUGGGCCCGACAGGAGCACAAUGGCUUCUCUCACCAAAAUCCAUCCUUCAUCGGCGCGGUUCUCAAACUGAAGCCGUACGCCGCCCGCGUCUACCUGCCUCCCGACGCCAACACAUUUCUUACCACUUUGCACCACUGCCUGAAAUCAAAGAAUUAUAUCAACCUCAUGGUCGGCUCAAAGCAACCCACCCCAGUCUACCUGAGCCCCGAGGAAGCGGAAAGCCACUGCCGAGCCGGAGCCUCGAUCUUCAAGUUCUGCAGUACCGACGGUGGGCUCCGCCCGGAUGUCGUACUCGUUGGAAUCGGUGUUGAGGUCAUGUUCGAAGUUAUCAAGGCGGCAGCCAUACUGCGAGAACGAUGCCCUGAGCUGCGUGUUCGUGUAGUCAACGUGACGGAUUUAUUCAUUCUCGAGAACGAGGGUGCCCACCCCCACGCCUUGAAGCACGAGGCCUUCGACAACCUCUUCACCGAGGAUCGCUCCAUCCAUUUCAACUAUCAUGGAUAUGUGAACGAACUCCAGGGCCUGCUCUUUGGCCGCCCUAGGCUCGACCGGGCAACCAUCAAGGGAUAUAAGGAAGAGGGAAGCACCACAACUCCAUUUGACAUGAUGCUUGUGAAUGAAGUAUCGCGGUACCACGUCGCGAAGGCAGCCGUCACGGGAGGAGCGAGGUUCAAUGAGAAAGUCAAGCUGCGGCACCAGGAGCUUUGCUCUGAAUUCGAUCAUAACAUUGCUGAGACGCGCAAGUACAUCAUGAACAAUCAUCAAGAUCCCGAAGACACAUACAAUAUGCCCUCAUUUAACUAGCAGAUGGAAACUGGAGCUAGGCAUAUCAGCGUACCGAAUCAGAACACAUUUCACGGU